AGGGUCUCUUUGUUGGCUGGCUAAGAGCGUGAACAGGCUAGCGGUACGCAGGUUUGAUACCUCCUAAGCCAGGCUCCAGCAAUGCGAGGGAGGAUCCCAAACUGGCUUGCUGGAAACGCGGGGUUCGAGCGUUUCCAACGAGCCAGGCUUGCACAAACCUCGCCAGCUCAAGCAUUCGGUACGUCCUCACAUCCGGAGCAGCUCACCUGCACGGAUGCGGCGGCGGAAAUCGGCGGCUCCUGCGCACACGGCCACCAGAGCGCCCGCGCGGAUACCGCGGCGGGGCGCAGUGUUCCCGCACACGGUGGCGGAGCUCGGCCGCGUGUCUCCACUUUGCCACUCCUCGCUCCGCUCGGCCGUGUGCCUCCCUCUCGGUCCCCUGCCGGGCAGCUCCGCGCCUUCCCUGCCCGCACACUUCAGCGCCCUCUGUGCCCCGCUGGCUUCAGCACCCUUCGGGCCGCGGCCGCGGCUGUGUCCCAUUAUCCACCACAAGGUAUCGCUACUCACAUCCGCGUCGGCUUGUCCCGGCAAUCCAACCUCCUAUGCGCGAGAAAUAUGGCAUGCUCCUCGGCGGCGGCCAAGUUCACGGUGCGCAGGCGACCGGCGGUACUGGUGGCGCCGGCUGCCCCUACGCCUCGUGAGCUGAAGAGUCUCUCGGAUAUCGAUGACCAGGAAGGUCUAAGGUACCAAAUCCCCAUCAUCCAGUUCUACCGGAGGAACGAGUCCAUGGGCGCCAAGGACCCCGUGCAGGUUAUACGGGAGGCUCUCGCCAAAGCCCUUGUGCCGUACUACCCGUUCGCUGGACGGCUCCGAGAGCACGAUGGAUGGAAGCAGGCCCUCGACUGCACCGGCGAGGGGGUUUUGUUCAUCGAGGCCGACACUGAUGUUGGCCUUGAGCACUUUGGUGAUACCCUACUGCCGCCCUUCCAGUGCCUCGAGGAGCUCAUCUUUGACGUCCCCGGCUCUUCCGCCAUCGUCAACAGUCCCCUCCUGCUCUUCCAGGUGACGCGACUCGCCUGUGGAGGAUUCAUCCUUGCGGUCCGACUAAACCACACUAUGGCUGACGCCCUGGGCCUGAUGCAGUUCUUGGGCUCCGUGGCAGAGCUUGCGCGUGGUGCGCAGGCACUGUCCGUGCUGCCGGUGUGGAAACGGGAGCUGCUGGAGGGGCGCAACAAGCAACAGAUGGCGCUGGUGCACGACAAGUUGGACGAGGUGCCGAGCAGCGGCAGUGACACUGACGCCAAGGCCAGCAGUAUCAUGCUUCCAUUAGAUAACGCGGAGCUCCGGCUCGGCUCCUUGUACUUCGGCCCCCGAGAGAUCGCUGCUAUUCGAGCCCAGCUCCCGUCACACCUUCAGAAACGUGCCACAAAGUUCGACACCGUCGCGGGCUGGAUGUGGAAGUUCCGCACGGUGGCGCUGGCCCCGGACCCCGACGAGGUGAUGCACCUGCUUGUGGUCGUCAAUGCCCGCGGCCGCAACACCGGCGCGGUCGGCAUCCCCAUCGGCUACUACGGAAACGCGUUGGCGACCCCGGCCGCCAUAUCCACGGUCAGGGAGCUCUGCACGAAACCCCUGAGCUACGCCGUUGAGCUGGUGAACAAGGCGAAAAACCAGGUGGACAUGGAGUACAUACGGUCAACGGCCGACCACAUCAUGUUGCGCAGGGGGCAAAGGCAGCUCGUCACCGCGGGCAUGUAUUAUCAGGUAGACGAAACCAAGGUCAGGUUUCACGACCUCGACUUCGGAUGGGGCAAGCCGGUGUAUUCGGGGCCGGCAGAAACUGUCCCCUUCACGUCCUGUCCCUGGCUGUCGAGCUUCCACUUACCCUCCAAGAACGCCAACGGGGAGGACGGCAUCGUCGUGCCGAUCUAUCUGCCUGGCCCUGCUAUGGAUAGGUUGGUGGAAGAGAUGAACAACUGCGCCCCUUAGCCGAUGUGAUCCCCGCUGCACCAGCAUCAAGUAUUCCCAGCAAGAGGUCGUGGCAGGCUCUGGCUACGACCGAAAGGAAACUUCAUCUCGUCGCAUACUCGCAUGUGGAUGGAUUGCAGUGGUAUGCUAUACUGUAUGGUUGUCUCAAGGGUUCUGUUUGUUCUACUCCGUGUUCUCAAUAAAAUAAAUGAAUCGUUCAUCAGUUAACAACUUU